AUGUCUUUCAACGUAACAUCCAUUAAAACCUCCUCAGAUGGAGCAUGGCAAGGUGAAAACCCACUGAACAAUGCAUUCCCCUUGCUAAUCAUUCAAACCGUCUUGAUCCUCCUCAUCAGCCGCUUCAUUGCUUUCUUCCUCAAGCCACUCCGUCAACCUAAAGUCGUCGCCGAGAUAGUAGGUGGAAUUGUGCUUGGACCAUCAGCUCUUGGCCGGAACAAAGAGUUCAUGCAGAUGAUUUUCCCAUCAUGGAGCACACCAGUUCUUGAAUCAGUAGCAAGCAUAGGCCUUCUGUUCUUUCUCUUUCUUGUAGGUCUUGAACUCGACUUAAGCUCUAUCCACCGGAGUGGCAAGAGAGCAUUCGGCAUAGCAGUCGCCGGAAUUUCCCUGCCUUUUCUCUUCGGAGCUGCCAUCACCUUCCUCCUCCGAAAAGCCAUUGAUGGAGCGGACAGAGUUGGCUACGGCCAGUGCCUCAUGUUCAUGGGAGUUUCUCUCUCCAUCACAGCUUUUCCGGUCCUUGCGCGCAUUCUAGCUGAACUCAAACUACUCACAACCCAAAUAGGAGAGACCGCCAUGGUCGCAGCCGCCUUCAAUGACGUCGCCGCCUGGAUCUUGCUGGCCAUAGCCAUAGCCAUAGCUGGUGGAGCUCACAAAAGCCCAUUAAUAUCCAUUUGGGUUCUCAUUUCUGGUAUUGCCUUCGUUUCCUUCAUGCUAAUCAUCGUCCGACCAGCAAUGAGCUGGGUGGCUCAGCGGGCCGCCCCUGGCCACGAUAUCAUGGACGAAGCUUAUAUAUGUUUGACACUCGCCGGAGUUAUGUUAUCAGGAUUCAUGACUGACCUGAUCGGAAUACAUGCUAUAUUUGGUGCUUUUGUUUUUGGAUUAACGAUCCCCAAAGGAGGAGAAUUUGCUAGAAGAUUGAUCAAAAGGAUUGAAGACUUUGUUUCCGGCCUAUUGUUGCCACUUUACUUCGCUUCAAGUGGGUUGAAGACAGAUGUUGCUAAAAUACACGGGAUCGAGGCUUGGGGGCUGCUGGCGCUGGUGAUAUCGGCGGCAUGUGCCGGGAAGAUUUUGGGGACAUUUGUGGUGGCGAUGAUGUGUAUGAUUCCGGUGAGAGAGUCCUUGACGCUUGGUGUGUUGAUGAAUACUAAAGGGCUGGUGGAACUCAUUGUUCUCAACAUUGGCAAAGAGAAAAAGGUGAGAUGUUUUAUGAGUAACACAAGUAGGCAGGACAAGUUUAGAGAUCAGUUCUAA